GUAAAAACAAUUGCAUCAUGUUUUAUAAGGAAACUGUUGAAUUGGAGUAUUGUAUGAUAUGUGGUCAUCCUCGAUAUAAAUCAAUGAAAUCAAGUGUCAAAAAGCAUAAGAAAAUUCCUCUUAAGAUUUUGUGUUACUUGCCACUUAUACCAAGGCUUUAAAGGCUUUAUAUGUUGGGAAAAAUUACAAAACAUAUGACGUGACAUGCGCAGAACCAAAGUGAUGAUGGAGUUCUUAGACACCCUGUUGAUGGUGAGGCUUGGCAACACUUCAACCGCACACAUGAGUUAUUUGCAAUGGAAGCUCGAAAUGUCAGACUAGGAUUAUGUACUGAUGGUUUCAAUCCUUUCGGACAGACUACAAUACCUUAUUCUGUUUGGCCAGUAAUGCUCAUUGUGUACAAUUUAUCCUCAUGGAUGUGUAUGAAAAAACCAUAUAUAUUUCUUAAUAUGGUUAUUUCGGGGAAGAAAAGUCCAAGCUAAAACAUAGAUGUCUUCUUGAGACCUUUGAUAGAUGAGUUGAAAGUAUUGUGGAUCGAGGGUGUUAUCACAUAUGAUGCCUAUAGGAAACAAAAUUUCAAUCUAAGGGCAACAUUGUUGUGGAUAAUUAAUGAUUUUCCUGCUUAUGGCAUGUUGUCAGGAUGGAGCACUCAUGGACGAUUAUCAUGUCCUUAUUGCAUGGAACGCUCUAAGGCUUUCAUUUUAGAUCAUGGUAAGAAACCUUGUUUUUUUUAUUGUCAUCAACAAUUUUUGCCACUUAAUCAUCCUUUUAGGCGGCAGAGAGAUAAAUUUAUUAAAAAAAGAGUUGAGCGUGACUUCUCAAUUCCUCAUUUAUCAGGUGAAGAAAUAUUGUCACGCUUGAAUUUGCUUCCUAAUAUCCCCUUUGGAACAAAAUGUGGUGAAGAAAAGAUUCCGAGUUAUGGUGUAACUCAUAAUUGGGUGAAAAAGAGUAUAUUCUGGGAAUUACCUUAUUGGCAUACGCUUCUUAUUCGUCACAAUCUAGAUGUGAUGCAUAUUGAACGUAAUGUUUUUGAGAAUAUAUUCAACACGAUGAUGGAUGUUAAGGGGAAGACGAAAGACAACUUAAAGGCACGACAAAAUUUGAAUAUGUACUGCAAGCGUCCAGAAUUGGAACUAGUGGAACAUAAUGGAAAAAUUUUGAAGCCAAAGGCUUCGUACAGUUUAAGUAAGGAGGAAAGAAAAAUUGUUUGUGCUUGGGUGAAACAAUUGAGAUUACCUGAUAGUUUUGCAUCGAACAUAUCUCAUUGUGUUAAUGAGAUCGAUUGCAAAUUUUAUGGGAUGAAAAGUCAUGAUUGUCAUGUUUUUUUUCAACGAUUGCUACCAAUUGUCUUUCGUGAUAUGGCACCUCACUCAGUUUGGGAUGCGAUUAUUGAGAUAUCUCAUUUUUUUAUAGAUUUAUGCUCAAUUGAAAUACAUGUACAUCACAUGAAAUCUUUGGAUGUGAAAAUAUGUGAAACUAUAUGCAAACUAGAAAAGAUCUUUCUUCCUGGUUUCUUUGACUCUAUGGAGCAUUUACCAAUUCAUUCACCUAAUGAGGUAGAAGUUGGUGGACUCGCCCAUUAUCGAUGGAUGUAUCCAUUUGAAAGGUUUUUGCAUGAUUUGAAGAAGAAAGUGAAAAAUCAAGCCUUUUUCAAAGGAUCUAUAUGUGAGGCAUAUAUGAUCGAGGAAAUUUUCUUAUUUUGCUCAUUGUAUUUUGAGCCUGCGGUGCAAACAAGAUUAAACCGAGUGCCACAUAAUGAUAAUGGGGGAGACAUGGACUCUCGUGGUCGUCUUUCGAUUUUCACUCAUCUUGGCAGAGCAUUUGGUCCACUAGAUAGAUCUCGAUUUUUAAAUGAGGAUGAGUUUUAUGCUGCUGAGCUAUAUGUUUUGAUGAAUUGCGAAGAAAUGCUCCCAUACAUUAAGGAUUAUGGUUAAAGGGAAGCAUACAAAACCGAGACCUAGAGUGAGAAAUGCCUUUGAAAUUAUGUCGUUGCCUACAAAUGCUCCUAUGUUUGUUGAUGCAUUCAUGCAACCACACAUGCAACAGGUCAAUGACGCUCCUAUCUACAGAGUAAGUAGAUAACGAGACAUCUACUCCCAAUUCUUCUAGAUCCACAUCUAUUGAUAUAGAUGCAAGUGUUGAUGGUACAUCUUCAAAGUCGAGGGGUAGAGGGCUUGGUGUGGGAUUACAGACUCCUAUAGAUCCAUCAGAAAGAUUACGUAUAACUCCUAUUGGAGAUAGAUAUGUUAUAUUGUAUUAUAAAGAUUUAUUUAUAUUUGUUAUAUAUUGUAUUAUGCAAUAAUUUUUUCUUAUUUUGUAUAAGUACUUUUUUUGAACGAGGGGUCACAACUACAAUAACAAGGAUUAUAAAAAAUCACUUCAACGGUCCAUGGACAACGUGGAAGAAAGUUCCUAAUGACAUAAAGGAGUUGAUGUUUAAAAAAUUUCAAGAAAAAAGUGUUUGGGCUACAAAUCAAGAUGUUCUGGUUCGACGAAUAUGGAAUAAAAUUUGGUCCGAUCGAUUAAGAGACAUGCUUUCAGAAAAGAGGAACAAAGCAAUGAUAGAAGCCAAAACAAACAACAUUAAGGAUUGCAAAGGCAUGUCAAGAGAAUGGAUCACAAAUGAAAUAUGGGAUGCCCUUAUAGAUACAGUAUGGGGUAUAGAAAAAUGGCAAAACAAAUCGAGAAAAGCAAGGCAAAAUCGGUUAACGCCUAAAGAAGGAAGCAUUCCAAAGCACACAGGCGGUUCAGUUCCAUUUGUUGUUCAUGCAAAAAGGAUGGAAAUGUAUAAUUCUGUAUUAUCACAGAAGUAUGGAGAAGCUUCAUUUGCUCAGCCGAAAUUCGAUCCGCAUGCUUGGACUGAAGCAAUUGGAGGGAUGGAGACUACACGCACUCACGUAUAUGGGUUUGGUACUUAGGUGCCUGUUACAGUUCUACUUAGUAGAACAGAAAGCAAUGCAGCAACAUCUGAGUCUACGUGUGGCCCUAUCAAUGCUAACGUUACCAGUCCCGCAAUUGCAUUAGAGGAAAAAGUGAAAAAUCUAUCAGACAACUUAGACAAGAUUCGUGAGGAAAUACGAGGGGAAAUCCAUGAAGAAAUUAAGAAUGCAAUGUCGGAAAUCAUGAGUGAAUUUAUGGUACGCAUGGAAGCAGUGAUCGUGACUAAUGCGAUUUUAAAACAAAGAAAUGCGAGAACUUUAAGCUCAAAUAUUAACAAGUAAGAGUGCAACAUCUCAUGAUAUGAUGUCUCUUUUCCAUUUCUAGACUUGGAUACUUUUUAGUAUUGGUGUUUAAUAAUAGUAUGGAGUUUAUAUCAAGUUAUGUGUUUGACAUUUUGAGAUAUUGUAUAUUUAUUAUAAUUUUAAAUUGUAUGAACUUGACUUUGCAUUUUAGCUUUUA